AUGGACGGAACCCCACCGCCCGCCAGCCCCGCGGGGCUCUCGGCGUACGUGGCCGUGUCCCAGCUGCUGGGCCUGACGCUGCUGGUCACCACGGGCGCCUGGCUGGGUCGCUACCGGGGUGGUGUGGCCUGGCACAGCUCCCUCCAGUUCAACGUCCACCCCCUCUGCAUGGUGCUGGGCAUGGUGUUCCUCCAAGGCGACGCUCUCCUGGUCUACCGGGUGUUCAGGCAUGAAGCCAAGCGCUCCACCAAGGUUCUCCACGCACUGCUGCAUGGCCUGGCACUGGUCAUCGCCCUCGUCGGCAUCGUCGCGGUCUUUGAGUCCCACCGUGCCAAGGGCAUCCCUGACAUGUACAGCCUGCACAGCUGGUGUGGCAUGGCCACCUUCGUGCUCUACCUCCUGCAGUGGCUCCUGGGCUGUGGUUUCUUCCUCUUCCCUGGUGCCUCCUUCUCACUGCGCAGCCGGUACAAGCCCCAGCACAUCUUCUUUGGCAUCUCCCUCUUCAUCCUCUCCAUCACUGCCUGCCUCCUGGGCAUCACUGAGAUGCUCCUCUUCAAAAUCAGUGACUCCUACAGCCACUUUGUGCCUGAGGGCAUCCUGGCCAACAUGCUGGGGGUGCUGCUGGUGGCCUUCGGGCUGGUGGUGGGCUAUGUGCUGACAAGGGAUGACUGGAAGCGCCCGCCCCUGGCUGAGGAGCUGGCCCUGUCCAUGGACUUCAAGACCCUGACAGAGGGUGAGAGUCCUGGUGGUGGCAGCCAGUGA